AUGAGAUGCAUAUCACCGCCAGUCAACAGACGCUCAACGAGACGCACAUCACCACCAGUCAACAGACGUUCAAUGAGACGCACAUCACCACCAGUCAACAGACGCUCAACGAGACGCACAUCCAGUCAACAUACUCUCAACGAGACGCACAUCACCGCCAGUCAACAGACGCUCAACGAGGCACACAGCACCGCCAGUCAACAGACGCUUAACGAGACGCACAUCACCGCCAGUCAAAAAUCACCGCCAGUCAACAUACUCUCACCGAAACGCACAUCACUACCAGUCAACAUACACUCAACGAGACGCACAUCACCGCCAGUCAACAGACGCUCAACGAGACGCACAUCACCACCAGUCAACAGACGCCCAACGAGACGCACAGCACCACCAGUCAACAGACGCUCAACGAGACGCACAUCACCACCAGUCUACAGACGUUCAACGAGACGCACAUUACCGCCAGUCAACAUACUCUCAACGAGACGCACAUCACCGCCAGUCAACAGACGCUCAACGAGACGCACAUCACCACCAGUCAACAGACGCUCAACGAGACGCACAGCACCACCAACUCACAUCACCGCCAGUCAACAGACGCUCAACGAGACGCACAUCACCGCCAGUCAACAGACGCCCAACGAGACGCACACCACCGCCAGUCAACAGACGCUCAACGAGGCACACAGCACCGCCAGUCAAGAGACGCUCAACGAGACGCACAUCACCGCCAGUCAACAUACGCUCAACGAGACACACAUCACCGCCAGUCAACAUAGGUUCAACGAGACGCACACCACCACCAGUCAACAGACGCUCAACGAGACGCACAUCACCACCAGUCAACAGACGCUCAACGAGACGCACAUCACCACCAGUCAACAGACGCUCAACGAGACGCACAUCACCGCCAGUCAACAGACGCCCAACGAGACGCAUACCACCGCCAGUCAACAGACGCUCAACGAGGCACACAGCACCACCAGUCAACAGACGCUCAGCGAGACGCACAGCACCACCAGUCAACAGACGCUCAACGAGACGCACUACACCACCAGUCAACAAACGCUCAACGAGGCACACAUCACCGCCAGUCAACAGACGCUCAACGAGGCGCACAUCACCGCCAGUCAACAGACGCUCAACGAGACGCACAUCACCGCCAGUCAACAUACGCUCAACGAGACACACAUCACCGCCAGUCAACAUAGGUUCAACGAGACGCACACCACCACCAGUCAACAGACGCUCAACGAGACGCACAUCACCACCAGUCAACAGACGCUCAACGAGACGCACAUCACCACCAGUCAACAGACGCUCAACGAGACGCACAUCACCGCCAGUCAACAGACGCCCAACGAGACGCAUACCACCGCCAGUCAACAGACGCUCAACGAGGCACACAGCACCACCAGUCAACAGACGCUCAGCGAGACGCACAGCACCACCAGUCAACAGACGCUCAACGAGACGCACUACACCACCAGUCAACAAACGCUCAACGAGGCACACAUCACCGCCAGUCAACAGACGCUCAACGAGACGCACAUUACCGCCAGUCAACAGUCACCGCCAGUCAACAUACUCUCAUCGAAACGCACAUCACCGCCAGUCAACAGACGCUCAACGAGACGCACAUCACCGCCAGUCAACAUACUCUCAACGAGACGCACAUCACCGCCAGUCAACAGACGCUCAACGAGACGCACAUCACCACCAGUCAACAGACGUUUAACGAGACGCACACCACCACCAGUCAACAGACGCUCAGCAAGACGCACAUCACCGCCAGUCAACACACUCUCAACGAGGCACACAUCACCGCCAGUCAACAGACGCUCAACGAGGCACACAGCACCGCCAGUCAACAGACGCUCAACGAGACGCACAUCACCGCCAGUCAACGAUCCAUCACCGCCAGUCAACGAUCACCGCCAUCAACAUACUCUCAACGAGACGCACAUCACCGCCAGUCAACAGACGCUCAACGAGACGCACAUCACCACCAGUCAACAGAUGCUCAACGAGACGCACAGCACCACCAGUCAACAGACGCUCAACGAGACGCACAUCACCACCAGUCUACAGACGUUCAACGAGACGCACAUCACCGCCAGUCAAGAGACGCUCAACGAGACGGACAUCACCGCCAGUCAACAGACGAUCAACGAGACGCACUACACCACCAGUCAACAGACGCUCAACGAGGCACACAUCACCGCCAGUCAAGAGACGCUCAACGAGGCGCACAUCACCGCCAGUCAACAGACGCUCAACGAGGCACACAGCACCACCAGUCAACAGACGCACAGCACCACCAAUCAACAGACGCUCAACGAGACGAAUAAUAAUCGCUGGGAGUGA